AUGUUGCCCAGUAUCCGGACAGCUGGCCCAGUAUCCGGACACAACAAUAACAACGUAUUUAUUGUACACAAAUUUCGACAGGCAAGCAACUUAUAAGGUUCUCUUGCACUUGCAAAGUAGUCUGGCAAUCGAUUCAAAAAAUAUAACCUAGCAUCGUGAAAUAAAACAUAACAAAUGACUGGGGUAUGGUGGGGAACGCGAGCCGGGUUGUUAAAUGGCAUAAUUCUUACUUCCUUGUCUAGGAACUUUUUUACUGAUUUAAGGAAGACAUCCGUGGACAUGUCGAAGCCGCGGUUUGCUAGCUCCAUUAGCCAAUCUCCAAACGACUUUUUUUCUACAUUUUUUAAUUUAAAAAAAAGCUUGGGGAAGGGACCUCAAUGCGACGGUCAAAGCUCACUUUCCUAUUUAGUUCUGACCUGCAGUGUUGAUUUCUUCAAGCUCAGUCCCUACAGACCCUACAAUAAGCCUGCUUUUCUAGCACUAAUUCCUCCUUCUUUCACAUCUCUCAAUCCCUUUGUGACAUUUUCAGACCGUUGCAACCCCAUUCUACCAGUCACAGUGGGGAAAGUAUGAGAAUUCCAGGUUCAACUCCGACGCUUUCGGUUAUAUAUAGAAAAUGCAGUCACGGCGAAACAAGCGGCGCACACGAAAUCAAGUCGCCUCCGAAUUAGUGAAGAAAAUUUCCGUACGGAGUUGAGUACAAUUACAUUUUACGACUAUAUAAUAUAUCCUAAGCUUUAAUUAUAGUUAUAGAUAUGAAAUAAAUCUUUUGCGGAUAAUGUACGCAGCUAAUUCAUCGAUUCUGUACAGCAACUGUCCGGAUACUGGGCACCUGACAUCAAUACUUAGUGAAUAAUUCUGGGCUCCGUUAUUCCAAACAAAUUGAAUUUCAAGAAGAAUUAAUAAUUUUUCUGAGAACCUGACUUCUUUUAGUAUCUUCAAUUUAAGUAUAAAACCGUUUCUUUGAAAAUAUUUUAUAUUACCUACCCUUUUCUGAGCAGCACUAAUUUUACUGCGCAGUAAACAGCGUAAAUAUUAGCCAUGAAAUGUUUAUUCACCUGAACAGAACGGCGUCUUCUGCGACUGUUUCGCAAGCUUUCAACUCGCCAAAACUUUCAUCUUAAAGCCGAAAUAUUCAGCUUCUAUUCAAAAUACUUUGUUUACCGAUAACUGAAAAGGGUGUCUCAAAAAUUGAGUUUUUGUUGUAAGUAUCCGGAUACUGGUACCGUCCGGAAACUGGGCAACAUACUGUAUUCAUUUUUCGUUGCCUUUUCCUCGUAAAAUAAUUUAGCAAGUAGAACGAAAACAUACUCCUGAUGGGGUCAACGUUCAGUGAAUGACUGAUAAAUAUACUCUUUCGGUCAUUUAUUAGAUAAUUCAAACAAAUUAACCAAGCGUGUAAGGCCGAUUACACCGCGCACAAUUUUCAUUUACGAAAGCCACAAUGUGUCGUACGAAUGUCGUGGGUCUAAUUUACACGACACGAUCUGUCGUGAAGUCAUGACGCAUGCUAGUCGCGCACGAUAAUCUUAAGCAAAAAUCGUACCGUCUAAAUCAGCCUAACACGUCUGAUGUGUCGUUAAGAUGUGUCGCCUGCUCUAAAAAAAACAGAAUUGAGCCCGUGAUCAAAUAAAAUGCCAGCGGAUGCUCUUGUUUGAGAGCUGUCAAUUGACCUUCAUAAGCAAGGCGAAUAUUCGAAUAAAUGGACGGCGAAUAUGACAGCGUAGUGUAAGAUACUUCAUUCCGGCUUGUAGUGGGGGCGAAAUGCCGAAUCGUGUACCUGAGCCAACGUUGUUAGUUUUGUGAUAGUGGUCUGCACAUGUUCCAUUUCGACAACUGUCAAUUGACCUCGAUUUGGCUUGCACAUAUAACUUUAAACUACUGACAGCACUCCGCGGUGAAAGCGUAGUUUCAUUUUUAUGUCGGUAAAUGUGAUAUAUUACAGAGCUUACAUGUAGGGGCAAAACGGCUGGUAUUUUAUCUGAGGCCGCGAAAUGGUUAUGUGAUAUUGGUCAGCGGAUGUCUGAAUUUGACAGCUGUCAAUUCAUCUUCAUACAGAGGACGGCUUACAUAACUGACAGGCUAGUGCCAAUUUGUGCAAGAUCUAAUGUGACCUUUGACAUCGGCUUACAUGUGGUGUGUACACGGGUUAGCAAGCGGGCGUACGCUACGUCAUAACCAAAUUUUCUUGCUUUCAUAGGUUUCCAAUUUCUCUUAGCAAUGGGACUUCGCCGCGAAAGCGCGGGCGGAAGCUCCACUAUAAUUUCCAACAUUUUCCUUUUUACAUUACCAUUUAUGUAAGAACUUGUUAAGGCUAACUUGGGAAAAUGUAAGUUCUUAGUCGCGGGUUUUUACUGUAUCACACUUUUCUCUUUAUCUUGAUAGAGGACAGUGGAUGGCUAUGAAGUAGAUUCUCACUCAAGUUUAGUAAAACCUUUGCCCACUGCCUUCAAAACAGCUGGAGUUGUUGUGCUAUUGUUCAUCUGGUGGCAAGAAGCAUGUAAUUGUGCCCUUCGCAAGAAAAUCAAGGCUCCAAACCCCAAGGGUUGGCCCAUAUUUGGCAAUAUGCUUCUUAAUGGGGUACACCUUUUGUUGUGUAACUACAUUAAAAAUCAUGGCAAAGUGUUUUCUUUUAAUAUGUUUGGAAAGCCAAGUCUUGUUAUUGCUGAUCCUGACAUCCUGAAAAAGAUUCUGGUGAAAGAUUUCUGGAACUUCCGAAAUCGCUUCGCGGUAAUGAAGACUGAAGAGCAAUUGCCACAAGCGUUUUUCUUGAACGCGAUGAUGCUUGGAGGCGCAUCCGCGCCACGCUUACCCCGUCGUUCAGCGCAAAGAAAAUGAAAGGGAUGGUAUCCCUGAUCGAAGAUAGGUUGAGAGAUUGAUGCAAACAUUAGAAGGCGUUGUCAAUACAGGAAAGUGGGGUAAUUAUUUGAACAGAACUUGUUCUAAAUGGCCUUUUUUCUGCAUUGUUACAUUCACAUCCAGUUAAAGGCAAGUUCAUAAAUCAUGAGGCUUCGAACGAACAGAAUGCCACCCAUGCUUCAAAUUUAAUUUUCAAUAAAAUUGUGAGAAAUUUUUUUGUUUUCCAUUCAGUUGGAAAGCUUAGAAAAGUGUUCAAAUUUAAUGAAAACGCUAGCAAGGGAUAGUUUCUCGUAAAAUGCGCUCAAUUUUAUAUCUCCCCUCACUUUUUCCUUUACGAUUCAGAACAGUUUAAGCACAGGAGCACGGGAGGCAAGUCUUCUGAAAAUGUUUAAGGAAUUUAGUUUAGCAUGAGAUGAAUUUUCAUAUGUUAAGUAACUGCUUUCAUAUAAACCCUUCAUCGCGCACUAAAAUCUGUAUCAAAGAACUGUAAUUUUGUCAGUCAACUUAGUUGACCCAACUCAUCUUGGUGUUGGCUCUUAUUUAUCUGUUGAAGCCGCAGACCAUUCUAAUCAGUACUUUAAGCGAAUAUGUAGACAUGUUAGACUCCUUCAGUAGCGACGCUGGAAGUUAAACUCUCCACCGCGUUUGGUUUCGAAACGACAUUACAAAAGACAAAGAAAGGCUGUUAUUUAAAAACGUGAAGGAGGUUUUUCGCACUCCUUGGAUAAUGGACACUUUAAGACGGCUUCCUUUUGGAAUAUAUCUUUUGAGGAUUCUGGCACAAAUCAUGCGCACUCCAAGCUCAGUAACUUCAAAAAGCUCGCCUCAGAGAUCUUACAGCAAAGGAGAAAAACUGGGCCAACAGGAAGACAACUGGAUUUGAUGCAUUUGAUGCUGACAGCGAACGAGGAUUCAGCUGAAAAGGGAUCAUCCAAACUCACCGAUGAACAAAUAAAUGGCCGGUAUCAGAUCUUUCUUUUCGCACGUCACGAAACUUCGAGUAAUACUUUGGCCUAUAUCAUGACCUACCAGCUGGCCCUGAACCAGAAUGUAAAGGACAAAUUAAGAAAGGAGAUCAAUGAAGCAGUCAAGAGAAAGCCUGAAAGCUCUCUGUACGACCUUUCUCAUGACAUUGAUUAUCUUGAUUGUGUUAUAAAUGAAUCACUGCGACUAAAUCCACCUUUGGCUCAGGUUAACUGUGAAUGUGUCGACGACAACAAGUUUAAUGAUAUUUAUAUCCCCGCAGGACAACAAGUCAUCAUUCCUGUGUAUUUUCUGCAUCGUGACCCUGAUGUCUGA